GUGUUUCCGAAGUAGAAAAAAUCUAGAAUCCCCUGGUUUCCCUCCGUAGAUCUCCCAAUUCCUCCCCACCAAACCCUAACUACCUCUCUCUCCUUUCUCCUUAUCCCCUACAUUUCUCCGCCGAUCAUCUCGAUUCUCUCUCCUCCCUCUCACGGCGGUCGUCUUCAUGGACCAUGCCUCAGCUCCGCCGCAGAAAUCCAACCCCCAAAAACCCUGACCCUGACCCGAACCCGAUUACCGCACCGAAGAAGAAGAAUUGCGAUAAGAGUAGGAAGAAGGGACUUGAAACGAGGUCGUUUGAGUUGAAGGAGUACCAAGCUAGGGAUUUCGGAGCCAUGGAUGAGUACGAUAGCGGCGGCCGCAGCGGCGAUAAGGGCCCUGUGGCUGACGAGGAAAUCUCAGCUCCUAUUCCUGAAAAGGUCCAGGUUGGCGGUUCCCCGCUGUACAAAGUAGAGAGAAAAUUGGGGAAAGGAGGCUUUGGACAAGUAUACGUUGGCCGACGCACUGCACCCGGCCCUGGAGCUGUUGAGGUUGCGUUGAAGUUUGAGCAUAGAAGCAGUAAAGGAUGUAAUUACGGUCCACCAUAUGAAUGGCAAAUUUACAAUGUACUUGGUGGUAGUCAUGGGGUUCCAAGAGUUCAUUAUAAGGGCCGGCAAGCUGACUACUAUAUCAUGGUUAUGGACAUUCUUGGGCCUAGUUUGUGGGAUGUCUGGAAUAACAGCUCGCACACAAUGUCAAUUGAAAUGGUUGCAUGUAUUGCCAUUGAGGCAAUUUCCAUAUUGGAGAAGAUGCACUCUAGAGGAUAUGUGCACGGAGAUGUGAAACCUGAGAACUUUUUGCUUGGUCCGCCUGGAACUCCUGAGGAGAAGAAGCUAUUUCUUGUUGACCUUGGAUUAGCCACCAGGUGGCGAGAUAGUUCAACUGGCCAGCAUGUAGAUUAUGAUCAACGUCCAGAUGUCUUCAGGGGAACUGUGCGGUAUGCAAGUGUGCAUGCUCAUCUUGGUAGAACUGGUAGCAGGAGAGAUGACUUGGAAUCUUUAGCUUACACACUGAUAUUUCUUCUUCGCGGGCGAUUACCUUGGCAAGGAUACCAGGGAGAAAAUAAAGGAUUCCUUGUCUGCAAGAAAAAGAUGGCCACUUCUCCAGAAACUCUAUGUUGCUUUUGCCCUCAGCCAUUCCGACUGUUCGUUGAGUAUGUGGUGAAUUUGAAGUUUGAUGAAGAACCAAACUAUGCGAAAUAUAUAUCCCUUUUUGAUGGAGUUGUUGGUCCAAAUCCAGAUGUUAGACCAAUAAAUACUGAUGGUGCUCAGAAGCUUAUAGUUGGACAAAAGAGAGGGCGAUUGACCAUGGAGGAAGAGGAUGACGAGCAGCCAAAGAAGAAGAUUCGCAUGGGGAUGCCAGCAACACAAUGGAUUAGUGUUUACAAUGCCCGUAGGCCUAUGAAGCAAAGAUAUCACUACAAUGUGGCAGAUGUGAGGCUUCCGCAACAUAUUGAGAAAGGAAAUGAAGAUGGGUUGUAUAUCAGCAGUGUGGCUUCCUGUUCAAAUCUUUGGGCCCUCAUUAUGGAUGCUGGAACUGGAUUCAGUUCCCAAGUUUAUGAGCUCUCUCCAUAUUUUCUUCAUAAGGAAUGGAUUAUGGAACAAUGGGACAAAAAUUAUUAUAUCAGCGCAAUAGCAGGAGCUAACAAUGGAAGUUCUUUGGUUGUAAUGUCUAAAGGAACCUCAUUCUUACAACAGUCCUAUAAAGUCAGCGAGUCAUUUCCUUUUAAGUGGAUUAAUAAAAAAUGGAGGGAAGGAUUUUUUGUUACUGCAAUGGCCACUGCAGGGAGUAGAUGGGCUAUUGUUAUGUCUCGGGGUGCAGGAUUUUCUGACCAGGUUGUAGAGCUAGAUUUUCUGUAUCCUAGUGAAGGUAUUCAUCGAAGGUGGGACGGUGGUUACCGCAUCACAUCAACUGCAGCAACUUGGGAUCAGGCAGCUCUUGUUCUUAGUGUUCCAAGGAGAAAACCUGCUGAUGAAACACAAGAGACUCUUCGAACCUCUGCUUUUCCAAGUACACAUGUGAAGGAGAAAUGGGCAAAAAACCUUUACAUAGCGUCUAUUUGUUAUGGUCGAACUGUGUCAUGAACAACCAAGGUUUAUUGGGAUGCCAUCGAUCUAAUUUUGACACAUUAGGAACAACGACAAGCUUUACAUUUACUGCCUCUUCGGAUCUCGCAGCAAAUUGAUUGGUCUUGGCCUUUGGAGUGAUGUAUGCUAAACUCUUCUUUUUCGCCACCAUGACAUAGCAUCUUAGAAGCACUUGUGCACUGUCUUUCAAUCUCUUAAGCUUAUUUAUUCUCAUCUACUGUUAAAAGUUUGUAUAUUUCUGAGCAAUAAACCUUGGUUGAAGGGAUGUGCACAAGUCGUAGUUUGGGAUCGAAUUUUGGAAACAUCACCUAUCAUUUGCUGUGAUUUGGGACCAUUCUGUACUGGGGCUUUGCUCCUUUUUUUUCUUUUCUUUUUCUGGGGGAGGGGAAAGGUGUUCCUUAUAUUGAAUUUAAGAUGGGAUGUCCCAGUUUAACCUGAAAAACAGAAAGCAUUUGUAUACUUUACAGCAUCAGUAUGUAAUGGUUUCUAAUUAUUUUUUGGUCUACCACUUUUAAAAUGUAUCUUUGCUUUUGAGUUACCA